UCCGUACAUGAGGGAUCUGGGUAAUCACCAACCGAGCCCUCCAUUCCAAACACUUAGACGGAGGACGUGAGCAGGAUGGCCGAGAUACCGCCGCAGCCAAGAGCCACACGGGACGCGACGUGACGAGAGAGCCGAACAUAUGAACCUGCUGUGCCUCAGCCUAUCUGUGAUGACGAUCAAGCUUGCAACUUCCACAACCACCUUGGACCAACACCCCAGCCGAGAACACUUUUCAGCGACCUUGGAAAGAAUAACACGACAUGAAGAACCUGGCGCCCCGGCUUUCCCAGUUCUUCCAGUUCGAGCUCCUGCGUGUGCUGGGCACGGCGCCCUUGCUGGGCUGCGAUGUGGGCGAGUGGGUGGAGGCGACGGACAAGAUCAAGCAAGACGACCCCGAGAGCUGGUACAGAGCUUGGACCGAAGCUUCUGAGACCGUCGAAGCGGUGGCGGAUGAAGCCCUCCGGGCAAACGACCGACAGGGGGCGCUGUGGGCCUUGUUGCGAGCAUGCAACUACCGGCGGGCCAGUGAGUUCAUGCUUCACGUCCAACCGGGUGAUCCACGCCUCCACGCUGCAUUGCUCAAGUCGUCGGACAACUUCCAACGGGCAUUGCCCCUACUCGAUAGCGCCGUUGAGAUGCUGCAAAUCCCGUACGAGGGCACGACGCUACCGGGAUACCUGUUCCUGCCAACGGCCAGCGGCGCGGCCAGCGGCGCAGCCAACACUACCCGCCCGGGCAACCGGACAAAGACGCCGCUCCUGGUCGUCACCGGCGGAUACGAUGCGACCCAAGAGGAGCUCUACUUCGGCAUGGCAAGCGGCGCACGCGUCCGGGGAUACGCCUGCCUCGUCUUCGAGGGUCCUGGACAGGGCGUUGUGGCACGGCGCACACAUGGUCGAGCGUAUCUGAGGCCAGACUGGGAGGUGGUGAUCGGAGCUGUUCUUGACCACGUCUUUUGGCUGGGCGACGAGAAGCCAGCUCUGGGACUGGACUUGUCACGCAUUGCCCUGGUAGGCGCGUCGAUGGGUGGAUAUUUCGCGCUCAGGGGUGCAACUGACGCACGUGUCUCAGCCGUCAUCUCGAUCGACGGUUUCUACGACCUGGGCGACAUGAUGGCAUCACGUAUGCCUCGCAUUCUAUGGCCCGACCGACUGGGCGCGCCCUUAUUCAACUGGUUGCUGGGGGCUGCGCAGCGUUGGGACUUCCAGACGCGAUUCGAAUUCCAACAUGCGAUGCUCGCCACAGGAGCCGAGACCCCGGCUGAAGUCUACCAGCAGCUGGCUCGUUACCGCUUGUGCAACGACGAUGACACGAGCAUCCUGGACCGCGUCAAGUGCCCUGCCCUCAUCACGGGUGCCAGAGACACGCUGUACUGGUCGUUGGAGGACAGCACGUACCGUAUCUUCAAGGCACUUUCGCAGUUGGACGAGGCCAAGGAUAAGCAGUUGUGGAUUCCUGACGGCUGGGGGCAAGGAUCGUUGCAUGCAAAGGUCGGCGCGUUUUCGCACCUUCACUGCAAGAUGUUUUGCUGGUUGAACCAUGUCUUCGAGAUCAACCCAGAUGGCUUGGAUCGGGACGCGGGCGGCGUACAGCAGAAGUAGGAACGCGGCGCAGCGUGUUAUGCAGAUAUGCUGCUGUUGGGCCGGAAGAGGAAUGAGGGGAGGACAACCUGUUACACCACGGUGUCGAGUGGGCGGAAUACAUACCCAAUCAGACCCCCAUGCUCAAGUAA